AAAUUAAUACCUAUACGCAGCUACAUACAUAUGUACAUAUUUAUAUAGUAUAUUGUAUAACAGCGGCGGCGAGUGGCAAGGCAAGCAAUACAACACCAACAUUACAACAACAAUGCCAGUUAAUAUUGUGGCAACAACAGCAAAUGCAUUUUAGGUUUUUUUCCCAUUUUUGCGAAACUAAUUGCAACAACAACAAUAACACUAACUUGCCGUUGAAGUUGUGAAAAUUUUAAAACCAAUACACACUCGUGACUAACAAAAUUGUGGCAAAAAGUGUACGCAAAGCAAAUAAAAAAUUCAUAAAGUAAUAAAUAAAAAAUAAACCGUUAAGCGCAUAAAGCCGUCGGAAGUGUGGCAACAAAUUUCGGUGUCAUCCAGCAAAAAAGAUUAUUUGAAAAAGUGAAAAAAGCUAAUUAAUUACAAAAGUAAUAUAUGUAAUUCGAGCAAGCAGACUGCCACACACACACAUAUACACACAAACGCAUGUAUAUUUUUUGGCGUACGACUUGCUGCUUGCAACAUUAAUUUCGGAGUGAAUUUGCCAAGGCUUUGCGAGCGCUUAGCUGGCCACCAAUCAACCACAACAAAAAGUAAGACCAAAGCAACAACAACCACAUACAUAUACAACACUAAUAACGCGGAUUACAACGGCGGUGGCAAACGCAACAACAAUUAUAGCGAAAAACGUUAGCAACAUACGAAGCGGCAACAUUUCGCAGCUGAAUAUAGAACCGGUGAUUUGGAUCUCACACAAAACUGUACGAAAGGUGACCGUUAUUAAUGGAAAUAAUGUUUAAGCUGCUGGUGGUACUAACAACAUCAACUUGCUUAUUUUCGACUGUUAAUUCCGGUGUACCAAUUGCAACUGGUGGUCCAUCACUGAUCUACGAAGGCAAAGACGCCUUACUCACAUGUGUUGUCUCAGAAAAUCGCGCCAAUCACACAGUGAUAUGGAAGAAAUCCGACGAAAUACUCACUGCCGGUAUGGUGAGAGUGACGAGCGACACACGUAUCAGUGUGUUGCAUGACGAAAGUGAAUGGAAGACAGAUCCUAAAGGACUCGAGUCAGGCGGUGAGGUGUGGGUGCUGCUCGUGAAGCGAUUGACUACCGAAGAUUCGGGUAGUUACAUCUGCGAACUGAAUUCGGAGCCCGUGCUCCGGAGCAUACAUAUACUCACAGUCAAGCAGAUACCCACCGGCAAUGAUAACAUCACGACCACCACAGAGUCGAGUGAUGUCUAUCUCGUGCCGCCGCCACUCGACGCCACAGACAAUCGUUCGUUUUGGCGCGCGCCCACUGUUGCGCCACAAAUCACACACGAUUUCACCGAAUGCUGUGAGCGCGCUAACGUCACCGCCGAGUGCAUGGGUUUCUGUAAUGUGCACAACAUAAUCGACGGCACGACGGGCAUAGAGCCCGAAGCUUGUGAGAAGGACUUUCCGAAUAUUGUACGUUGCAUGGCGGAUGGACGCGAUCAUGUGCCCUGCUGUGUGGACAAACAAAUACCGGAUUUGUGUCAAGAUAUGUGUCGUGGUGAGUACACACCUUUCACGGAUCUGCUAAAGACUCGCGUAUCUUGCGUACAUCAUACCCUCAGCGGUUUGCAAUGCAUACUGCAGGGCGUGCAGAAUAUACCCAGCACACCGAAAAGUGUAACAGUCGAUCAUGUGUCGGAGACACGUGUCACGGUGCACUGGUACGAACCGGAAAAGCUGGCGCACAAAGUCGCCUAUUACAGUGUGAAUUUUACGGCGCUACAUAGCUUCGAUGAGGAUGAAGUGUCCAAUGCGUAUGCAUGGAAGAAACGUCCAUUAGAGCAGACGAUCAUACGCACAGUGCCGGUUAAUCAGACUACGCUGACACUGCAGGAUCUUACGCCGCUCACAAUGUACGCGAUCGUGGUGACGGCGCAUAAUGACUACGGUUCGAGUUUGCCCAGCGAACGUUUGCGUGUGUUCACCCAUACCAGUGAGGUAUUCGCGCCACGAAGUGAUGAUGCCGAAGCUUCUGCUUCGGUGGAGAGCAUUAUGCCGGAGCUGCCAAACAUACGUAGCUGUUGUGAGGCCAAAGGCAUGACGCAUCGUAAGUGUCUCGAUAAGAUGUGCGAUCCACAGAAGACCGACCUCGCCACACUGCCCGACUUUAUGGUCUGCGCACCUUGGUCCAAUAUUACCUUCACUUGUCUUGCAAAUAAGAUCGACCACACACCCUGUUGUCGUGCGCGUGGCAUACCGGCUGUGUGCUUCCCGCUCUGCUCGGGCAAAUUAUCAACACUAGACUUUAGUCUGUUCAAGUGCCUACGCUUCAUGUCCGAGUAUAGCAGCUGCCUCUUCCAGGGUUACGGCGUGCUCGCCGAUCCACCUUCGAUGCUACGUACGGUGGCAAAGGCCGACAAUUUUAUAAUUUUGGACUGGGAUAAACCCAAACGCUUGGCCGACACAAUCAGCACUUAUCAUGUCAAGUUUAGACGUUUGGGCGAAGGCGACGAUUAUCUGACGGUGGUGAAGAAAAAUCCACCGCUCAUUUUGGAGGGACUCGAACCCGAAGUCUACUAUGAAUUCUACGUAGUCUCCGUGAAUCAAUAUGGCAAAAGUGAAGCCUCACCACGUCUUAUUACACGCACACAACCCGCCGAGGCGGUGGACGAGCCCGAACCGGUUUACAAUAUGACAAAAUGCUGUCAGGCAUCCGGCCUGCUGCCACAAUGUGCGCCACUCUGUUCGUACAACAUUAAAUUGUCGGAUAUUGAAAAGCUCGGACCGGCGUGCCGUGCACAAAUGUCGGUUAUUGUGCGCUGCGCCGCCGGUGGACGUGAUCAUACGCCCUGCUGUCAGCGUCGCGGCGUGCCCACCGCAUGCAUGACCAUCUGCCGUGGCGUCAUGCCGCACUACGCGAACGGCGUCGGCAGCAAUGCGGGCGCGCUGAGUGGCAGCAGCUAUAGCGGUAACAAUGGCACGACCUCCAGUGAUUGUUUAUCCUACGCGGGCAAUAUUUUGCAGUGCAUCGAAGAAGGCACCGAGAGCAUACCCGGUCCAGCUGAGGACGUGCACGCCAUUUCGGUAACAAAUACCACAAUUAGCUUGACUUGGCGUCAACCCGGCUACGAGGCAAGCGCACCCACCGCAGCAACAACAACAACCACAGACAAUGAAGAGGAGAACACGAAGAAAGGCGCUACUUCAACAACCGCUGGCAGCGCGAACAAUGGCGACAACAACAAGAACUCCGGCAACUCUAAUGACAUUGCCACGGCUGGUGGCAGUGAUGCGUCGACGUCCAACAGCGAUGAUGAUAUCGAUUUUAUCGUGCAAUAUGGCAAAGUCAAUAACAUGACCCUCUAUGAGACUGUGGCGAAACUGGAAAAUGAAUUGACCACAAACGAGACCAGCAUCGCGCUGACGAAUUUGGAGCCGCACGCAUUGUAUCGCAUUAUGGUGGUGACGCGCGGACGUUACGGUACAGCGUUGCCAUCUUCGAUGUUACUGAUCAAUACGACCGAGGAUGAGAAUGCCACAAACAAGAAUUAUACCUAUGGUGCACCCUCACCGCCCCACUCGUUGUCGAUUACAUCACACAGCGCGACCUGGAUGCAAUUGACUUGGCAGCCACCAGAAUAUUCGCAUCCGCAUGAGAAGAUUACAUACAGAGUCUACCACAAACCCAUGAAAUCGGAGAAGUUCAACAAAAUCGAAACUAAAGUAGCAUGGCUCCGUAUGAGCAACCUCAAACCCAGCUCACAACACAUACUAUACGUCGAAGCAAUUGGUGAGCAUGCGACAUCUCUGCCUUCCGAGACACUGGUGGCUUGGACC